AUGAGUUACUCGACAGAGAAUUUGUUCGAGUCUACCAGGUUAUCGGAGGACAGUUCUAGAUCCUCUAGAAGACCGCAGUCUGUGAACCUCAACGAGACUCGCACGAUAAAACGCGAAUUGACUGACGACUUUGCAGACUCACUAAAUGGAUCCCGCACAUCACAAACAGUCAAAGUAUUCUUGCGUCUCAAGCCAAGGACCCCGAAAACGAAACGUGCCAAAAAAAUCCAAGAAGAAAUGUACGUUGUCUCCGAUUCGAAAACCCUCCUCACAAAAUUCCCUUCCCCAGACGGCUGCUCCACCAGAAGAUUGAAAUCGAGUGAGGCGACUAGUAAAAAGUUUUCCUUCACUAAAAUUCUUACUCUUAAUUCCUCCCAAGAUGAGGUUUUUAAGGACUGCACAGGUGACACAAUUCUCGAUUUUUUAUCUGGUCAAAACUCCACGGUGAUGACUUAUGGGACCACAGACUCUGGUAAGACUUUCUCGCUUUACGGCUCUUUAGAAUCACCUGGAAUAAUUCCUAGAAGUAUUGAAUUCAUUUUCUCUGCUGUAAAUUGUACUCUCUCACCAUGGUACAAGCCUCUUCCUAGUUUCGAAAUCGUUAGUUUGGAUGAGAAGAAGUGUCUCGCCGAGUCAAUGGCACAAGAGAAAUUGUUAUCGAAACUUCAGAACAAAGUCAAUACCAUCGACACCUGGAAACUUUUAGAAGAUUCCGCAGAUGAAGAGUACAGAGAACCUAGUGGGGAGGCUCUUUACUCCGCCUGGUUGUCCUUUGCUGAAAUCUACAACGAAAAUAUUUAUGAUUUACUUGGAGAAGUCGAUGAAGGCAAGACUUCCCCCUUGAAAUUGGCCACUGAUAAGCAGGGGAGGUCCUUCAUCCCUGGACUGACUAUGAUCUGUGUUACUACUGGUCUAGAAGCUUAUCAGGUUCUCCUCACUGGACAAUCGAGGCUGAGUGUGUCGUCAGAGCCGUCAGACAGUGGGAGUUCCCUCUCCCAUUCCAUUUUCUCCAUUACUUUGUUGAAGUACUUCAAAGAAUGCGCUGUUGAUGAUGUUGAGGUGAGUACGUUGACCUUUUGUGAUCUAGCUGGAUCGGGAAGAAAUAAAUUGAACGUCACGGCCAGUGGAGAGUCUCUGAAGGAAGCGAGAAAUAUCAAGGCUGGGCUAUUAGCUCUGGGAAAAUGUCUCCAGAGUGUUCACGAUCGUCAAUCCAGUAAACUUAAUUCUGAGGCUGUUGGAGCCUUCCGAGAAUCAAAACUGACGAGACUCUUCCAAAGGUGUCUGUCAGGUAAGGAGCAAUUGACGAUUAUUGCUCAUCUAAAUCCAUCUCCGGAUUUUUAUGUUGAGAAUCAGAGCAUUCUGCACUUGUGCUCCAUUGCGAGGAGGAUUACUGUGCCACCCGGGAAGGAAUUGAAGAAAAUUUCUGGAUCGCAGUUGACGAUUCCCAGUCCUAUAAAGGAUAUAGCUCCCGCAACUGAAGAGAGCCCUGUGAAAAUUGAAGAUAAAUAUGAAAAUGAAUACAGGGAAUUGGAAGAUCAGAAUUCAAUCCUGAAGAAGGAAAUAGAAAUCCUGAGAUCAAACGCAACAGUUCGGGAAUUAAAAAUUCGGGAGGAGAUGGCAAACUUCUGCUCUACAAUGAUGAAGGACAUGGAGUCAAACUGGAGGAUGCAUGCCCGAGCGAUUGAAGAAGAUCAAGAAGACUUAUUGAAGUGGUCAGUAAAGCAGGUGGAGACAUUUUACAAAGAGCGAAUUGACAGUCUGACCAACAGGAAAAGGAGGAGGAGAGACUCUGAUGAUGACGUGAACGACUCUCAAUCUUCAUUAGAUAUUCUCGAGGCUGAGAAUGCUCGAAUCACCACUAAAUACAUGUCUGUGAAAGAAACAUUGAGAGCUACUAAAAAGGAAUGUGAUGCUCUGAGGACAGAGAAGAACACCUGUGCCUUCGAACUGGGAUUAGCCAAUGAAGAGCUGAGGGAAAUUAGGGAAGUUCUGUCAUCAGAACAUGAAUGCUCUUCAUUCGAGUACAAAGACUUGCUGAAAUACCUGAAGCUGGUGAUAUUUAAAAAAAACGAGACAAUUAAAUCUCUCGAAGAAUCAUUAGAUGAGCUGACGCGGAAUCAAUCGCGUGAGCAGAUUGAAGCUGAAGACCCUGAGAAUGAGUCCCAGAAUACGACGGAUGAAGUCAGCAGUAUUUUCGUUGUGAACUCAAUGCAGUCAAAUUCAUCAGAUUCGAGCUCUGAUACCAUUGGGCCUCAAUCAUCUUUAUCAAGUAUUAUAACUGUUGAAAAUCUUCCGGAAUUUCAGACCAUGAACCCAUCCACCAAGAUUACUCCCAAUAUUUUUGAGACAAUCGAUAAAACUCUGGACUUGAUAAAAAUGGACAGACAAGGAGACUCGGGUAUUGGCGUCAGCAGCAGGAUAUCCUCCAGCACGAGGAAUAGCAUGAUGACUGAAACAGAAGACAAGAGCACCCAAACAUCAAGCCCUCGAGAAUCAGAACAUCCCAAAAAAGAGAUUGAGCAGAAAGUGAAUCAAUUAAAAUUGGACUACAAAGCUCUGCAAUUAGAGCACCUCGAAGGCUCCAUCCGCAUCAACGAGCUAUCAAAAGAGCUCGAGCACAUUCGCCGAGUCAUGCAGAACCUAAAGGAAAUGAUGUCCCAGAGUGAUCAGAAAAUCGUUGAAUAUCAACUGAAACUAGCAAGCCAGGAGGUUGACCUAGAAAACUUGAAGGAAUGCAAUAUCGAGUUAGAAAGUAAACUUUCAAAAGCAUACUUGGACCAGGAGAAGUCCUCCCUCCAGUGCAUAACCACCCACAUCCACAAGAUUAAUAAACUCUCAUCAGAACUAGAAGAAAAAACGUGUACAAUAAAUUCCCUGAACCAAAGAAUCUCGACUAUUGAACGUGAUCUCCAGAUGGUGCACAAUUUAGAGGAUAGAGUCAGUGAUUUUUCUGUUAUUCUUGAGAAGUGUAAAAGAGAGAAGGAGGAAUUGAGGGAGGAAUUGCAGAAGCGUCUGCGGAGCCAAUCGUCUCUGGAGUGCAGGCUGAAGUUAUUGUCGUCGAGGGUGCAGGACAGGGAAAAUGAAAUCACGUCUCUGAGGACUGAUUUGGCUGGCAUGGUGAGAAUGAACACAGUGAAUGGUGAACGGGUGAAUGAAUUGGGUGAGGGUAUCGCCAAUGCACUAGACAAGUUGACAACAGUCAAGGAGGAAAUGAGGCGAUCGGAGGUAGAGAGGAGGGAGCUUGAACGUACCUCGUCCCAUGAGAUUUCCAAUCUUGCUGCGCGCUUCAAGCGAAGCACUGCCAUGCUGAAUAUGAUUCAUGAAGGCAAUGACGAUGUCAGAGGUGAAUUGGCGAAAAUGAAAGAAUUGCUAUUGAAGAAAGAGAGAGAGAUGGCGUUAUUCAAGAAAAAUAGAGAGAGUACAAUUAGGAGGUAUGAAUUGCUAGUUCGAAAACUUCAGGGAGACGUUGAACGAAAUAAUCGAGAGUUGCUUCGUGCUAGAGGACAUUCAAAACGUGCGAUAUCAAAGGAAUCUUUGGAAUCAGUUGAGCAAGAAAGUUCGAGGGAAGUUCAUGAGGACUCUUUGAUUAAAGGGAAAAGUUCUAGAAGAACGCUCAAUGUUAAAAACAGAUCUAGGCAUCAUUGUAGAUUGACUUGCUCCGCGAAACGAUUGAGCUCGCACAUUGUUGCUUCGCUAACGUCGUUGGAGGCCGCCAAAUCCAAUAAUUGUGAAGUUGUGAAUAUUGAGAAACUCGCACCCAAGAAGAAGGUGAGUAGUACCCACUUCAAGGUUCUUGAAGCAGAUCGCAGAGAACUGACGAUUCCACGUGAGGUGACGACUCCUAGCAUAACGUCAAGCAGUGAUGACUCUAGCACCGACUACAAAGAGUUAUCUAACUGGAUGAAAGUUAAACGGACGAAUGGUCGAACACAGUUCGUAAUUCGUCAGGCUGAGAUAACUGUAGAGAAUGUAGUCAAAAGAUCAAUCUCAGAAAGUUGA